AUGAAAAAGAAAACAAGAAAAUACCUACAGAAAUUACAAUUCGAAUAUGCCUUUGAAAGUGAGUUUUAAACAUUUUGAUGUCAUUUCAACGGUCGUCAAGGGGACUUGGGGCGCGCACAACUCCAAAUUCGCUUCUCUUUCCCCUUCAAACACCUUCCACGCAGUCUACCACCUUGUUAUGACAACCCGGUUACUGGUUCUCUAAUAAAAGAAGUUUUACACAAGGACUUCGGGAAGUUGUCAUUGAGCGCCUUCUGCAAAUUUAGGCCAUGUUCAGUUCGCAGUAUAUCGGAUAUCAUUUCCUGCCAACCGGUAUAGUAUGAACACUUAUCCGAUAUGUGACUUUCCGCUUUUUGUUCGGAAUUUUGACGGGUCUGUAUAGUAGGUGUGUGGUAGUGUAGUGGUAAGGAAGAGAGAGUAGGAUAUGAAAGGUCCGAGUUCGAGGUCCAGGGUCGACCCUGGGUUGCGAUUUUCUUUCUUUUUAAUAGAAAAACUUUCAAUAACAGGUCAGAAAAUGGUAGCGACCGUCGGCACAGGCGCAGUUUCGCUCUGUUACAGAAAUGGCGCCGAAAUCACCGUUUUCAUGUGUGAAGAGAAGCCCUAUCCAGAAUAGAUUUCGCCGGUGCCUUUGCAAAAGCUAACCGGGAAAGUGUGAACAUAACCUAACAGCUGUAAUUAUUGUUCUUUUAGGGAAACAAGUACAGGUGACUUUCCUUGUGUUCUCCGGUAGAGACGAUCCGCAGUGGUCUAUCGAAGAAAAACAUGAAAAAUAUGAAGCAAUUAAAGAAAAACUCGCUGCAGCAAGGGGCGGGUCUUUAAACUACCCACCAAACUGGAUGAACUCAAGACUUGGGUACAAAGGGUUCUUAGUUCAAGAACAAGCACAGGAGCAACCAGAACUAAUUAUAGGAUCUAAAACAACGCCAUUACAAGAGCUAUUAUACGAAACUCUUCCUCCAGGUAUAGGGUAACUUAGAUUGGGUCUGCGCGGGCUUUUGAGGCAGAGGGAUGGAGCCAGGGGUCUGUUUUCGAAAAAUGGCGUUUAACGUUUCGUACACGACGUUAAUAAUUAAUCAUUAGUAUUUAUCAUUACAAUAUUUUCCACCCGGAUCUAUUCGAAAGUGUUAAAGAGUAAAAUAGAUCCAACAAUGUGUCUGGACUAAUAAUGGAGAAAGAAAUUCAUUCUGGUCAGAUUCUGGGAACAUUUCUACCGCAGAAAUUUUUGAGACCGUGAGUGAUGAAGUUCUGACAACGUUCAUGACGUGGAUCCGGCUUAGAACUGAAAGGACUGAACUUUCUUUCCUGAGAUGCUGUUCAUUAUAAUGUACAAAAACGUUAAAAAUCCUUACGUAUAUUACUAUUCAAAUGAAAAUCUUAAGAAGUAUAAUCUUAUUUAUUCAGCAUUUAACUGAAUCAAAUUUUGUAUUUUCUUUGAAGUUUUCCGCCGACACUACUCUUAUAGGUCAAAACAUCAUUGCCGAACUCUUACAGCUAUCUUGCCUUUAUAACAAAAGGUUUCUCCGUUUUCUUUGAGGCUGGAAGGAGGAACCUGCGUUGAAAGCACACUUUGAGGAAGUUCUCGAAAAGGAAAUAAAACCCGGAAAAAUCAGCGCAGUAAACCCUGCUCUCAGACCACCACGACCACUACCAAAAGGAAAGUCAGAAGAAGAAACCGUACUCGCAAAGAAACCGAUUUCAGCUGGAGGUAGACGAAAACGUUACGCUUAUCGAUAUUCUCCGUUCUUUUGGAACACCGGCAACGCACAGUUAGACAACAACUGCUACAACUACGCAAAUAACAAACCCACUGAUACAUACGCCCAGCCGGGGAGGGGGAGUGGGGCCAAGUGCGAACGCCAAGAUGAAAUCUGCAUGAGAAAUGCAGCGGUAAACGAUCAUUUGGAAUUUUUGGAAGCAGCCAUAGGCCCACCUAUACCGCCGGUUCCGAGUGGGAAAAAACAUCUGGUGGCACUUUACGUUAACCCAGGUUAAAAAAAUAUCAUUAUUUUCUCGUACAUAGGGUAUAAAAUGUGGGAGACGCUCAUUUAUUAUAUAAACUGCAGUGUUUUACAAGGAUUUCUACCACCGAGAAAUGUGGUAUCUGAACACACGUAAAAAUACGAUAUUUUUACAUGUGAGGAUAUCGCUAAUUUCACUGACAUCAGGUUUGUCUCUUAAAUUGUACUUAAAUUCGUUGGUGUAUCAUCGAAACAUCUUCGGGUCUUCCUCGAAAGUGCUCGGCAAUCUUCGGAAAACUUCGGACAUCUUCGGAAAUUCUCGGUAAAUGUUCGGGAACGUUCGUCUGGUCUUCGGGACAAUUUGAAAAAUCUUCGGAAAUCUUCGGAAGGUGGUCGGAAAUCUUCGGAAAAUCAUCAAAAACGCCGUCAUCAGUCUGUUUAUAUAAUAAAAAGAAUAUUACACGUUAGCUCGAAGAUAUGAAUUUUAUGUUCUAGUGGCAAGAGCCACUCGAACAUAAAAUUCAUAUCUUCUCGCCACCGUGUAAUAUUCUCUAUAUAAACCCUUUGAACACGGCGGAAACGCACAACGAAGCCCUAGGAAGGUAUACAAGGAAGCCUAAUAUACUGUCUGGUACUGUUGUCAAGGUUCAACGCACUUUGGUAUGAAACAAUGGCAGAAACUUAAAGAUGCCAUGGCUGCUAUAAAUGCGUGCGCAUUGUAGAAUUAGAAAGCGAAAAAGAAAAAAAAGCGAUUUUAGCUUGUGUACAGUAUCACCCUCCCCUCAAACACAAUCGGCGCGAUUUUGUUUGAGAUGAGGGGCGGCUGUAUAUGGACUACGCGAUUUUCGAAUCAGCUUUGUGCGAUAAAAACAUCUUUUCUCUUCCUGGAAAAAAAUCACUUGCUUUCGAAGAUAUAUUUCUGCGGUGGCCGUAAUGGUAUAAGUUACAAUAUCAAAAAUAUCACACUUUUCUUAGAACCUAAGUAAAUUGUUCUCUCUCUUUUUUAGGUAUCGAUUUUCACUUUUACCAAAUGGACCAGGAAGGCUUGUGGACUCAUAAGCCCGGAAGGACAGCAGCUACCGACCGCGAUAAUGCGCAUCAGUUGAUUUUUGACCCAAGAAACGCUAAUCGGAACGGUUACAACAGAUUUGGUGGUUUCAUGCUCAGUAACAAAGAUGAAGUAACAAUUGCUUAAAAUAUACCACGCCAUGAUGACGUUAUGUUCAUACAUAUUUAUUUAUCGUAGCAGACGAGAAAC